AUGGCUCUCCCAAGGUCUGACUAUCUUUCCAAUGUCUGGAAAGACGGUAUCUUUGACAACAAAGUAGUCUUCUGCACAGGAGGCGGAGGCACAAUCUGUAGUGCGCAAGUCCGCGCCCUCGUCCACCUCGGAGCCAACGCCUGCAUCGUGGGCCGCAAUGUCGAGAAAACCGAAGCCAUGGCUCGCAGCAUAGCCACCGCACGGAAAGGCGCAAGAGUAAUAGGGAUAGGCGGACUAGACGUGCGGAAAAUCGAGACUCUAGAGAAAGCCGUGGAGCGAACAGUGAAGGAAUUAGGAGGCAUAGAUUUUGUCAUGCAAACCGUAAUCGAUAUUGAUACUAUUGGCUCCUACAAUACCCUCAAAGCCACGAUCCCCCACCUCGUCGCAUCCGCGAAAAAACACCCAAACGCAGCCACGAACCCCGAUACAGGUGGUCGCAUCAUAUUCAUCUCAGCCUCGUUCCACUUCACAGGCAUGCCCUUCCAGACUCACGCAGCUGUUGCGAAAGCAGGCGUGGAUGCGCUGUCUGCGAGCGUGGCGCUGGAAUAUGGUCCGCGCGGCGUUACAUCUAAUAUCUUGACUCCGGGUCCAAUCGCUGCCACAGAAGGCAUGGAAAGGUUAGGCAACAAAGACGCAGAAGCCUCCGGAGCUGCGAUGCGCAAGAACCCCUUACAGCGCUACGGCAGCGUCAAGGAAAUAGCAGACGGAACGGUAUAUCUCUUUAGCGAUGCAGGGAACUACGUAAAUGGAGAAGUUCUCGUUAUCGAUGGGGGUGGGUGGAGGUCACCUGGGAGUUUCGAGUCGGGAUCGUGGAAGUAUCCCGAUUAUCUAUUGGAUGACUCUUUUGUGCGUAAGGCUAAGCUGUAG